AUGGGGGCUGAAGAAAAACUAAGUCCAACGCACUCGGGGCAUGACACUCCCCCCUGCUGGUCGACCACACGAGAGUCAGGAGAGAGAGAGGGCCGGGCAGGGCCCUACGCCACCGUGCUUGGGGAAUCCGGCGGACCGAGCGCAACACCCGCCCCAGACCUCUGGUCGAACCGAGGGGCUAUCCUGCGGGAGAGCCAAGCCGCCCACAUGGCUUGGACGCCCGUCCUCUGUUUUCCCUCCACUCUCGAUUCAGAGAGGGGGACAGGGGCAGAAGAAAAACUAAGUCCAACACCCAAGAGGCAUGACGCUCCCACCUGCUGGUUGACAGCAAGGGAAGGAGGAGAGGGGAGGGGGCUAUUUCCGGGUGCCCGCAGCCCCCUCCCCUCGCCUCCCCGCCCCUACCUCCCGGCAGCUCCGACUGCGCGCGCGCAAUCGCCGGGGACCACGCUCCGCGCGGCAGAUGCGCGGCGCCAGGAGCCCCAGCCGGCGGGACCUGCGGCCCCAGGGUUGCACCUUCUCCGCUGCGUCCGCAGAGCAGCCCGAAUCCAGAGCGCGGGAGUUGCAAGCCGUGACCGGGAGACCCGAAAGGCCCCCGGUGGAGCUUCUUUGAGGCAGGGCGGUCCUCUGCAUAGCCGGUGGUUCUGUGAUGGGAAGGAGCUGCUUAGCUCUCCAGACAUCCAGAUCUGUGUGGGAGGCGAUCUCCACACACUGGUCAUAGCUGAGGCCUUCGAGGACGACACAGGUCACUACACCUGCCUGGCUACGAACCCCAGUGGUUCAGACUCAACGUCUGCCGAGGUGUUCAUCGAAGGUGCAAGUUCAACAGAUUCUGACAGUGAAAGUUCAGCUUUCAAAUUAAAACCUGGAGUUAUGCCACAAGCUCAAAAGAAAACGACUUCUGUUUCCUUGACUUCUGUUUCCAAAACGACAUCAUCUCCAAAGACAGGAGUGACCACUGCUGUAAUCCAGCCCUUGUCUGCCCCUAUUCAGCAGGUUCAAAGCCCAACUUCAUAUCUCUGCCGAUCUGAUGGAACCACUGCUGGCUACUUUCCUCCUGUGUUUGUCAAGGAAUUUCAAAACACGGCCGUGGUGGAGAGUCAGGUGGUGGUCCUGGAGUGCCGAGCCCGUGGAGCGCCCCCUCUGCAGGUGCAGUGGUUCCGGCAAGGGAGUGAAAUCCAAGACUCUCCAGAUUUUAGAAUUCUACAGAAAAAGCCUAGAUCUACAGCUGAACCCGAAACGUUCCCUGAAGACACAGGGAUCAUCACAUGCUUGGCCAGAAAUGAGUAUGGGUUGGCCACAAGCACUGCCCAGCUGUUUGUCAUCUCAGCCAACACUGAGAACUAUAGCUGUAACUCAGCAGAAGAGUCCAGUGAUGAUCACUUCCAGCACUUCCCAUCUUUUGCUCCAGUCUUGGAGACAGAUUCCCCCAAGUUGGCCUCAAAGAGAUCCUCUGAGGUGCGGCAGGGGAGCAGCCCCAAGUCAGGCCUGAGCACGGCUGCCCUUCACACGCAGUGCAGUUCUGCAGAGAGGGAAAUCAAUGGGGUCCAUCUGCACCACGGAGUAAACGGGCUGAUUAAUGGCAAAGUGAAUGAUGACAGAGCACUUCCAGCACCUGCUGUCCUGCCUUCACCCAGUAAGGAGCCACCACCUCUGCUGGCCAAACCCAAACUGUGA